CGCUUGCAAGAUUUACGUUUGAAUAUGUGUAUGAUCUCAUCAUAAAAUAUGUAAUUUCCACAUUUGAUGUCGAUAUGGUGGUGGGGAUUAUAAAAUAAAAAGAACUUUAAAAACGUUACUCUCAUCAGUUGCUCAUUGUUAGCGGACAACUCUUGAAAAAUACGAGAGAAAUGGCGAACUACUACGUUCCAAUCCAAACCGAAGCAUGCGAGAAAUCAACAUUGCCACACACAUCAAUGAACUACUAUAUUCCGAUCAAGACCGAAGCAUGUGAGAAAUCAACGCCACCACGAUACACAUCACACAUUUUGGGGAGAAGGUUUGCACUAACUCCUACAUCUUAUAAAUGGUUGGAGAUCGGAAUCAACGCAGGAUCUAUAUCCUACGUGGAAUUGGUGCUGGGUGACAACCGCGGAAAUCAAAUUGCUCUGCCUUAUAAAACGUGGAGAUCGUUGAUUGAGAAACGUAUGGACAUCGAGGGACUUAUGUAG